AUGUCCUUCGGGUACGGCAUUGGCGAUGCCAUCUUACUCACACAGCUAGCUUGGAAGACCGUUCAACAGGCUCGUAAAGCAUGUGGGGAGCACGAUGAGCUAACGCGGGAGGUCUUGUGUCUGCAUGUCGUGCUACGACGGCUUGAGCAGGAGGCUGAGAAGCCCGGGAGCCCAAUAAAUGAUGAAGAAUCAGGCGGCACGUUUAAGGAAGAGUUGACGGUCAUCGUCGAUGGAUGUAAGAAGGUUCUGAAUGCGCUUGAUCAGGGUUUAACAAAGUACAACGCGCUUAGCGAACAAGGAAGGAGCGGCAGGAAGCUAUGGCAAAAGAUAGAGUUCGGGAAUGGCAAGAUGGAGGGUCUGGGAGGACUGAGGGGCAAGUUGACGUAUUACACGUCGGCUAUGUCUCUGUUCUUGAACAUGGUGUCGACGGGCACGAUGGGAAGGGUGGAAAGACAGAUGAAUGAUGCGGGAGGGGACCUCAAGGAGAUUAGGGUCGCUGUCAACGGCAUUACCGCACAUUUGAUGUCGAAAAUCAAUCGUAAUGAUGGAUCGAUACUUACAGCGUACACGGACGACGAUAGAGCCGUCUGGAAGGAGUUUCGAAGGGAAUUGCUUCAGGAUGGCUUUUCGAGCUCUGUCAUACGAAAGCAUAAGGGUCUCAUAAAGGCUUAUAUCGAGGAGCUUGGCAGCAGAGGUUUGCUCGACGAGGAGGAUCCAGACGAUGACGCAGAAGGGCAAUACUGUGGUGUUGGCUCCGCCGUCGAAGGAGCUGUAACCCACGAGACGGAGACAAAGAGUAGUUCCGGAGCUUCGCUGAGACCAAAGGCAGGGGUCGAGUUGCCGGUGGCGUCAAAGCCGCCCCAGGACUUUGAUACCAAGCCCAACGCAGCAUUGCACCUGCACACCGAGUUAGGAGACAGAGAAGGACCAUCUGGUGACCUUGCUUCGAGAGUCGCUUCCCAACCAGAGCCCAACGUAGAGUUGCGCUGGAUUUGGUUGAGUAAUGAGAGCAACGAAAAAAGCGAACAACCCCCUGCUGAAGAGACCACAGCGUCCAAAACUGAGAAUGAACCUAAAACCGCAACUACAAGUAGAGACAACGACAGACGGAAUCACCCAGGGAGAGAACCAAGAUAUCCACCAUAUCCAAUAGCACGCUCCAACUAUGAGACUACAAUGCCCACCUCCGAGGGUCAGAGCAGGACAUUACUCUGGAGAAAAGAUUAUUGCAAAACUACGCGAGCCUUAAGAUGUUCCUCGCUCAGUCUCUGCGAGAUGAGAAGGGCCACCCAAGACCACCUACAGUGA